CUUUCUUAUCAUCAUUCAUUGCAAGUCGAGUGGCAUUUCAUUUACAUUGAAAAGUUAGUUUCAAUUCUAAACUAGUUGUUUUUUUUUUAAAAAUAAAGAAGAAGGUUCUCUCGAUGCAAUGGAUAAGAGACAAAUUCAAGAUUCGCCUCCCAAAUCCAAAAAGAGGGUCAAAAAUGGUAUAGAAUCCCGACCAAAGCCAAAAACAACGUAUUUUUUCAAACCAAUCAAUAGACUUGAUCCUCCAACCAGUAUAAGAUCUGUCUCUCCUGAAGAAAAGAAUUCAAGACGUGAUAAUGAUGUACCAGAUGUUGAACAGAAUGUAGAACAGUUGAAUACAAAAUUACAACCACAACAAACUCCAACAAAAGAUCGGAAACCACUUCUGGAAUAUGAAAAGUUACUUUUAGAACAACAAUCAUCAGAUGAUAGUUUUGAUGGUAUUAGAUGGGGUACACCAAGAAAUCAAAAGGUUGGUUCCAAUAAUGGUACCAAGCAACUUCAUCAAAGAUUAAAUUCAUCAUCCCCACUUAAAAACGUAAAUUCCCCCGUAGUAAACGAAGAAGAACUGAAAUACUCUGCAACCUUAAUAAACGAACAAGUGAAUUCAGUGUUGACAAAGUAUGGUGGUAGUGGAUUUAAUAACAUUCUUUCCCAAACUCCGAAAAUGAGUAGAACCCAUAGUGAUGGACUCUCUGGAGAAAGCAAACGACAAAGAGAUCGUGAUUUCCGAAGAUUAGAAAGCUCACCAACUAUGGUACGGUCUAAAACUACGGGGCUAGAUGCAAUGGGGGGCUUUUCCUUGUCUCAUUCAAAAUCAAAGUCUUCCACUCCACUUGAAAUUGCACCCUUAAGCUCCACUUUAAAUAGUUGGAUAGAUAAGUUUGAUGUGAAAGAUCUGGAUCUGAGUUCAGAUCCUAAAUAUACCGCGGAAUCGGUCCAAGGUAGUGGUGGUGGUGGGGGGGAUUCUCUGGUCAAAUUCUCUGAAAACAUCCCUUCGCAAAAUACUCAAAAUAUUCUUGAUGAUAUUGAUUUUGAGGAUGAUUUCAGUGAUUCCAGUGUAAUAGCAGUGGAAGAUGCCCCUAUAGAAGGAUCUCCGAAGCCAACUUUAGCAAGUGUGAAUCUUAUCAAUGAACAAUCAGAUGAAUCAGACGACCCAUUUUCUGAUGAUGACCUCACUGGGAUUUUGGGUGGAUCCAUGUCCACUUCAAUUCCAAAGUUACCAACAUUACAUCAAAGCAAUAGUAUUGUUCUGGAUAUAAAUCUUACUACUCAACAAAAGAACGACAGAGUUCAUGUAGAUUUGUUUCAAAAUGGUAUGAAGAGUAUUGAAAGUCGUAAUUUAGCACCCGACCGUGAACCAAAUGACCACCCUAAGGCUGAAGUUGCUAACGAGGCAAAACUUUCAUACAAGAGAAGGGAUUUGCAUAGAUAUCAAAUUAAAAACAUAUUCAGAAAUACUUUCCGCGUGCAAGAUCGUCUCAGAGAUCAAGUCAUCUUAACGGUCCAAGACGAAAAAAGUGUAGAACUGAAAAUCGUGGUCCGUGGUGAAUAUGUUCAACUUGAGUUUGAAGUGAAUGAUGUAAUCCAUCUAAUCUUGACGUCAGAGAAUUCCCCCAAACUUGUUGAUGAUCAACACAACUUAUUGAUUUGGAACCCUGAUGUUCUUAUAUCAGCUACUACUGCCUCACAACAAAUGAACUGUCCUAGAAAAACGGUACUUACAAGUAGAUUUCGAUUCCCAGGUGAAAGUUCGGUACCACUUGUGGUUGGGACCAUUAUCCAUAUCAUUUUCCAAGCCUGUUUGGCGAGUGACAAUUGGUCCGAUGACUUUUUACAACAAACAAUGAAUGAUGAGUUGAAUGAUCAUUUAUUUGAAAUAUACAGUAUAGGUAACGAGUUGGAGAAAGUUCGUAUGGAAAUCAAGGAACAAUUACCUUACUUGAAAACUUGGUCCAAUACUUAUUUCAAAAAGCCGCUCACUGGAUCAACGAGGAUCCCUACAAACCAAAGAAACAUGCUGUCCCUUUUCUCGGUGAGUAACGUUCUUGACGUUGAAGAAAAUAUCUGGUCACCAAUGUUUGGAUUAAAGGGGAUGGUUGAUGUAACUGUGGAAGCGAACUUGAAAAAUACUGAUAUGCAAGGAAAAUUUUUGAUCCCCAUGGAAAUUAAAACAGGAAGGGAACAUAUCAGUCAUCAUGCUCAAUCCUCAUUAUAUGCUUUGUUGUUUAAGGAUAGGUACGAUAUUGAUGUGAACUCAUUUUUACUCCUCUAUACUAAAGAGAAGUUAUUAAAAUUAAACACCAUCAGCCAAACUGAUCUAAAAUCCUUGGUCAAUUUACGAAAUCGUAUCACGAAAUAUAUGAAGGAAGACACCAGAGAACUUCCUGGCUUGUUGAAGCAAUCUGCUUGUGAUAGAUGUGAGGUUCAAAAGAGUUGUAUGACGAUAAAUAAAUUAGUUGAAAAUGGAAAUCAAAGCGAAAGUGGUUUACAAAAUGGUUUAUAUGACUCUUUAACUAUACAUUUAGAUGGGAAAGUCAAUUACCGUGACUUUUACAAUCAUUGGGAUGAGCUUUUAACGAAGGAAGAAAGUGUUGUUUCUCUGUUGAAGAAAGACUUAUGGACUCUUACUGCCAAGGAAAGAGAAGAAAAGGGUGGUAAAGCCCUCUCUAAUCUAUUUAUCAAAGAGUCAGGUGGUGAUGAUGAUUUGCAAACUAAAUUUACAUAUACAUUUGAAAGGGCCAGUAAUGUCGACGCAAAUACCCUUCAAUUAUCUCAAUUGUGCAAAAAUGAUAGAGUAAUUAUCAGUGAUGAAAAGGGUCAUUUUGCUAUUGCUCAAGGUUUUAUUUUAUCAAUAAGGCCAAGUUUCAUUGUCAUCUCUAGUAAUCGGAGAAUUAUCAAUUCAAGUGUUAAGACGAACAGCUUCAAUAUGAACAAUAAUCAAACCUUCCAUAGUGUCUUGCAUAAAACUUUGGGGAAUUCAACAUUUCCACUCGAACAAAAAACUUAUAGAAUUGAUAAAGAUGAAAUGUUUCAUGGUAUGGGGUUAGCCAGGUACAACAUAUUAAAUUUGUUUUUGGAAGGGGGUGAUGAGAUGAGGCGUGCCAGUAUUGUGGAUAAGAAGGAGCCGAAGUUUUCCUCUGGUACUAUCAAGCCUGAUAUAAUCAAGGACUUUAAUAGUGAUCAAGUCAAUGCAUUUAAUAAGGUGCUUAAUACGAAAGAUUAUUGCUUGAUCCUUGGAAUGCCAGGCACUGGGAAGACCACUGUGAUCGCAAGAAUAAUCCAGUUCCUAGUUCAAAGUGGGAAGAGCGUACUUCUUGCUGCGUAUACUCACUCCGCUGUAGAUAACAUUCUAUUAAAAGUAAAGGAUUCUGGUAUAAAUAUUUUGAGAGUGGGACACCCUGCUAGGGUACAUCCAGAUAUUAGAAAAUUCGUUGCAGGUUGUGCAAAUGAUAGUGCCAAAAUUUCCAAUUAUAGUGAGUUCAUUAGAACUUACAUGAACCCUCAAGUAGUUGCCACUACCUGCUUAGGAGUCGGAGACAUUGCAUUCAACUUAAGAUCCAAUUUUGAUUAUUGUAUCAUUGAUGAAGCAUCACAAGUGUCUAUGCCUGUAAGUCUCGGACCCCUCAGAUUUUGCACGAAGUUUGUAUUGGUCGGUGAUCACCAUCAACUUCCACCACUUGUUCAACAUCCAAGUCCUGUAGUUAAGAAUGGACUUUCUCAGUCCCUUUUCAAGAUUUUAAGUGAGGAGCACCCACAAAGUAUCGUUGAACUUUCAUACCAAUAUCGUAUGUGUGAAGAAAUCAUGUUACUAUCAAAUUUAUUGGUGUACAGUGGAAGAUUGAAAUGCGGAUCUUCAAAAGUUGCAAAACAAAGCUUAGCAAUUCCACAUCCAGAACGCAUAAAUUCUCAAAUAUCAACCGAGUAUGACUCAAUCCUUCUGAAAAAUGAUUUGUGGUUAAACGAUGUACUUGAACCUCAAAAUAAAGUUCUAUUUCUCAAUCAUGAUUCAGUUCCAGGAGAGGAAAGAGUGGUCGGUGAAAAGGUGGAGAAUCCGAAAGAAGUCGACUUGAUUCAUCAAAUAAUUUCAGCUCUCACAUUAUGUGGGGUUCAAGAGUCGAGUAUUGGAGUCAUGUCGCUUUAUAGAGCACAAUUACGACUCCUUACUCGUCGAUUGGUUCAAAAGCCAAAAGUUGAAAUUUUGACUGCUGAUCAAUUUCAAGGUCGUGAUAAAGAAUGUAUUAUCAUUUCACUUGUACGGUCAAACAAAGAAAGUAGAGUCGGUGACCUUUUGAAGGAGUGGAGAAGAGUAAAUGUUGCAAUUACAAGAUCCAAAUGUAAACUUAUCUUAGUGGGAUCUAAAUCUACUUUGAAAACUAUUCCUACUUUGGCUGCUUUCAUGGGACUAAUUGAAAGUAGAGGUUGGAUGCAUGACCUUCCUAAAAAUGCAGACAGAUUCUAUAGCUUUCCAUUUGAUGUCGAUAGCCCUGUCAAAAAGACUAAACUCUCGACAACAAAAGUGGGUGAUAAACUUGUUGGAAAUCAUCCAGUGCUAAAGGAUAUUUUUAACGAACUUACGAAUUAAAUAUUUAUAAAUACUUUUUUUUUCCUUUUUGCAUUCUUCUACAUCCUUCUUGUAGCGAUAUUUAUUAUUAUAGUUCCCAAAAAUAAUAG